UCACCUAAGUUCACAUGACUCGGCUCUUUCCAAAUCUAACUUGUAGAAAAAAAAGAUAAAAAUAAGAGAAAGAUAUUUGUUUAAUGGCUAAAACGCCAAGUUCAUCGAAGGUCCUUAUGAUGAUGCUUUUCUCAUUCUUGGCUCUUUUCAUAAUCUCCCAUGCUCGAGUUGUUUUUACUGAUACGCCGUCUAAUUCGUACGCUCCACCUAUUUACGCUCCUGUUCCUAAGGAAUGUCUCGAGCCACCUUAUUGCCGCGGUCCUCCCGGAGAGUCUCAAUUUGGUUACAAUGAAAGAAACUAUUAUCAAAUUAAUUAAAUUAAGGUGAUAUAUAUGGGCUACUCUUCAUAUAUUGUUCAUCAUUUGCUGGAGAAUGAAAAGUUUAUGAGAUCCGUGUUAUAAUAUGUUGCAGUUUGUAUAAUGUAUAAUGAUAUUUAUGUAUUCUUUUUUCUUGUUUUUCUGUUUUUGGGAUAGUCACCAUUAAGAUGUUAGAAGAAAACUUAUCCACGAAAGCCCAUUAAUGUCGAGGCCCGUCAUGUGUUGCCUCUGUUAUGUUCGAUAUAGGUUUAUUUGAGGGAUGUUACAAUCUUUGUAAUUAGGUCUAGUAGACCGUUAUAUAAAAUUAAAUGUGUUUUGCAAA